CACCUGCUGUACAGGUUCAUUAGAGACGCGCUACAGCAACACCUUCACCUGUUGUACAGGUUCAUAACAGAAAAGAACUAGUUGUAGACCGGAACUAACUAGAAACUUCUUGUUUUACUCGAUUUUAUAAUUGCUCUGGGUUCACACUGACGGCUUUGUGAGGAGCUGUCUGAAGCUGUACUGGAUUCUCGUCGUGCCUUGACUUCGCUAACUCCAGACACCUGUUCACACCUUCUGCAUCCAGAGAAUAGAAUGGAGUCUCUGGAACUGAAUGGAAUUGAUGACAGCCUGAAACCUACGGAUGACCUCUUGGACCCAUCACUGCAAUUUCUCCCAGAGUCUGAUGCUGAGAAGGCUAAGAAGAAGAAGAAGAAAUUAUUCUUGAGAACCAUCUUUGUAAUCGUGCCGAUCAUCCUGGCAGCAAUCACUGCACUGAUAGUAGGGCUUCUAGUGUGGAACUUUCAUUUGAGAAAAGAUGUAAGAAUAAAAAAGGUCUUCAGUGGUUCUCUGACGAUUGCCAAUCGGAGAUUCAUAGACUCUUAUGAGGAUAGCGGCAGUGCUCAGUUUAAAGAGCUGGCCUCUCAACUCUCAAAACAAAUGAAAAAUAUGUACAGUAGUGUGCCAUUACUGUCCAGAUAUUACAUCAGCUCCAGUGUUCAAGCCUUCAGUGAGUCCAGUGAUGGCAGUGUUAUAGCCUACUACAUGUCUGAGUUCAGUGUACCAGAGGCUCAGGUAUCUGCUGUGGAUGAAGACAUUGUGUCCUUCAUGCGUACUGUGGGGCCAGGACAAACACGGCGGCUGAGCCUGAACCUCAAGCCCACCAAUGAUCUGCUGAUCAACAAUAUGAUGUCUGCAGCUGUAGAUCCUCGCUUGGUUACUUCAACCCAGAAAGGUCACCAUAAGGAAUCCCGUCACUCUCGUGCGGGUGAGAUGGGCAUCAUCCAGUCUCCAGGUUUUCCUAAUUCUUCCAAAGCUGCCAACACUGAGUGGCAGCUCCGUGCCGACCCCAACCACAGAAUUCGGCUGGAGUUUACAGUGAUACACCUGGAGAAUGACUGCCACAAUGACUUCAUUAGAGUGUAUGAUUCUCUUGUCCCCAGUGAGACUCAGGUCAUGGCAGAGAAAUGUGGACACUAUACCCAAAAUGAACAGCUGGUUUUCCUGUCCUCUGGAAAUGUCAUGUUAGUUACUCUGGUCACAAACGGAGAGCACAGUUCCACAGGCUUCAGUGCAAAAUACUCUCAGGUACCUGCAGAAAUCCAAGGGUGUGGUGGGAAACUAACAGGGAUGAAAGGGACCAUUAGGUCUCCAGGCUUUCCCUCCAGUUAUCCUCCCCAGAUCCAAUGUGUUUGGAACAUUAAAGUUCCAGAGGGAAAGCACAUCAUAAUAAACUUCAGCAAGUUUUCACUGGCUAAUCCAGGACAGAGCCCAGACAACUGUACUAAAGAUUACCUGGAGGUUAAUGGCAACAGGAUGUGUGGAAAAAAAUAUGAAGAAAUACGUCUCGUCAUCAAGACCAAUAAGACAGAUAUCACAUUCUACUCUGACAUGUCCUAUGUAGACGAGGGCUUCGCUGCAGAGUUUGAAGCCUUUGAAUCUUUUGAUCGUUGUUCUGAAAAAUUCCACUGUGAAAAUGAUGCCUGCAUUUCUCAGAAGCUGAGAUGUGAUGGCUAUGAUGACUGUGGAGACAUGAGCGACGAGAAGAACUGCGUCUGUAAUGAGUCUUACAUCAAAUGUAAGAAUGGUUUCUGCAAGCCCAAAUACUGGCACUGUGAUGGGGUGAAUGACUGUGGUGACAAUACAGACGAGGAGAACUGUGGAUAUUGUAAAGCUGGGGAAAUAGCCUGUCGAAACGGCCGCUGUAUUUCUGAGCAGAAGAAGUGUGAUGGCCAUAACGACUGUGAGGAUGGUACAGAUGAAUCCAAGUGCGCUAAAUCUAUAGUCCUCACCUGCUCUGAGUUUACCUUCAAGUGUAAGAACAACAUGUGCAUCAGCAAGCAGAACCCACAAUGUGAUGGGCACAAAGAUUGUGAGGAUGGUUCAGAUGAAGAAGGCUGCGAAUGUGGUACGAGGCCUUACCAGUCCUCUCGGAUUGUGGGUGGUGAGGAGGCCGAGGAAGGCUAUUGGCCCUGGCAGGUUAGCCUUCACUUAAAUGGCAAGGCUCAUGUGUGUGGAGCCACCCUAAUCAGCAACCUCUGGCUAGUCACCGCUGCACACUGUAUACAAGAGACUAACAGAUAUUCUGGGCCAGACGAGUGGGACGUCUACCUGGGGCUGCACUCUCAGAAUCAGAUUAACACAGCCAACACAGUGCUGAAGCAAGUGAAGCAGAUCAUAUGUCAUCCUGAGUACAACCCCCUGAGCUAUGAUAAUGACAUUGCUCUGAUGGAGCUAGACAGCCCUGUGACCCUCAGCCAGUAUAUUUGGCCUAUCUGCCUACCUGCAGCCACAUACGUGUUACCUGCAGGCCAGUCUGUCUGGAUCACAGGUUGGGGCAAAAUCAGAGAGGAGGGAAGUUUAGCGACAGUGCUGCAGGAAGCAGAGGUGCGUGUCAUCAACGAAACCGUGUGUAGUCAGCUGAUACAAGAUGAGAUCACGCCACAGAUGAUCUGUGCAGGAAUUCUGACAGGAGGAGUGGAUGCCUGUCAGGGUGACUCAGGCGGGCCCAUGUCCUUCGAAGACCCAGCAACCAGCCGGUUGUUUCUAGUCGGGGUCGUGAGCUGGGGUGAAGGCUGUGGCCGAAAGGGAAAGCCUGGCAUUUACACACGGGUCACCAAGUACCGCAGCUGGAUCCGAGAGGAGAGUGGGGUAUAAAAUGCACAUUUGAGGUGUGUGUGAGACUGUUUUUUUAAAUCCCACUCUGCCCGCUCCUGGAGGAAUCUCGCCCACUUCCACAGACACAUUUCAGACCAAUCCCACCUGCUCCCCAAGGAGUUUUUAAUCUGCUCGCUUAAUCUGGUUGUUUUAUUUGUAUAUAUGAAUGCUAUUUGUUUUUUUGGGGUUUUUUUUUUCUUAUUGAAUGAUAAGAUGAUAAAUGUUUUAUAUAGCACUGUAUUUUUUCAAAUGAGUUAUGUUUUCAGGGUCUAUGUUAUAAUUAGUGCUGAUUACAUGUCUUAAAAUGUACAAUGUAAUAUGCAAUGUGUAGAUUAUGUGAAAAGUAACAGAAGAGUAAAUUCCUGUAUUAUGUGCAUUUAUGUUCAUUUCCAUCUUUAACUUACUAAAAAAACCUUAUUAAUUUUAGUUAGUUAAUUUUAGUUUAGUAAUUUUGGUAUUAAUUUUCACUGGUGAAGAAAAAUGUCAUAGAAACAAUUGCAGUUUUGUGAAGUCUCCUAAUGGUUUAACUUGUGAUAUGUUUAAUGGGUCUAGAUUGCAAGUCAAACAGGUCCUGGUCUCUGAAGGUGAUCUUGUGGUAAAAGGCAUAUGAUGAUUUAAUGGUGAUGGACUUCUUUGAUAUAACAUCAGUAACAAUUCUGUAUUUCUCUGUAUUUAUCUAUAAGACAACAAGAAAACGCUUGUAUAAUGCAUAGCUACUGUAGAUUGAACUGGCAAAUGGCUUAAAAAGAUACUACAAUUCAAAUAUAGAAAUACACACACUAUAUAUAUCCUGGAUUAAGAAUGAGAGGAAAUCAUUAAAACCACUGGAUUUUGAGAAAAAAUGGUUGAUGGACCUAGUAAGCUCAUACUCAUCAAGAGGCAUAUAUAUAUAUAUAUAUAUAUAUAUAUAUAUAUAUGUGUGUGUGUGUGUGUGUGUACAUACAUACAUAUAUAUAUAUGAUAUAUAUACAUACAUAUAUAUGAUAUAUACAUAUAUAAGUUUAGAGGAUGUACUGUGUGUUUGGGAGCCAAUAUAUAAUUAUUUUUAAAUGGUUUGUUUUGUUUUUUGAAGAUGUAUAGACUCCAUUCACCUCAGUUUGCAUUCCCACAAUGUGCCUUAUUUCUAUUAUGACUCUUGGUUUACAGAAUAAAUGUAUU